AACAGCCCCUACCACAGGGCUCCCAAUCACUAAAUAUCUCUCUCUCAACCCCUCAUAACAUCAAUAUGGCUUCUUCUUGGUGCGUUUGGCUUGCCCUGAUUGUCAUCCAGUUUGGGUUUGGUGCUUAUGGAGUCGUCGUUUCUAAGUUUGCAGUCAAAAACAAGGCAGACCCCUUGGUAUUUAGCUUGAUUCGGGACGCCGGGGCUUUUCCUGUACUUCUUAUAGCAGCCGUGAUAUCGGAGAAAAGACUACAACUUCCACAAUUACGAGAGCUCCCAAUGUUUGCUCUCUUAGGUCUAACUGGAAUGUUUGGGAACCAGUUACUCUACAUUCUUGGCGUCUAUUACACAAAUGCCAACAUUGCGUCGAUAUUCCAGCCAGCUAUACCUGUGUGGACAGCUCUUUUUGCCAUUAUCACCAGAAUAGAACCUUUUCCACAGUUACGAAAACUCCAUGGUUGGGCAAAGAUUUUGGGGAUCCUGCUAGCAGCAGCCGGCGCAUCAACCAUGGUUGUCGACAAGGUUAAAUCUGGUAAUGGCAAACUUCCUGAAGGCUAUGCUUUAGGCUAUGUCUUCCUUAUAGGAAAUACUUUGUCAAUGGCUGUUUAUGUUCUUCUCCAGAAGAAAUUUAUUUUCAACAAGGAGGAAAAUGCAUGGAAAACGAAGCCCAUUACUGUUACAGCAUGGAGUUAUCUUUUCGGGACAAUUUGCAUGGGGUUGGCGUCACUGUAUUACGUGAACAAACCAGAGAAAUUUACACACUUUCCCUCAGAGGAGAUAUAUCCUAUUGUCUAUGCUAUUUUUAUAGCAUCGGCACUCUGCUAUCUAUUGAUUACUUGGUGUAAUAUGCAGAUAUCUGCAAGUAUUGUUACAGCAACAUGGCCACUACAAGUGCUAUUCUGUGCUGUCUUGGCAUAUUUUGUCUUGGAUGAGCAUCUGGUGACUUUGGAGUACAUUGGAGCAGCACAGAUUAUUUUGGGUCUGUUCGCAGUUGUUUGGUCAAAUUAUGAGGAAGAGAAAGAGAGAAGAGAAGACGAAGUUGUGACUUAUGAGUAUGUUAGGAUAGCUGAUGAUGAACGAGGGUUUGUCCCCGAGUUGCCAUCCAAAUCUCAAAAGAUCAAUUGAGAGACCCAUUUGAUCCCAUCAUGCUUUGCUUCCACAAGAGAAGUGCUGUCCUAUAGCUAUGAGAUGAAGAUUUGGAACUGAGUCACCAUCCAAAUCCCAAAAGAUCAACUGAGAGACCCACUAGAUCCCAUGAUGCUCCGCUCUCUCACAAAAAAAAUUCAUUCAAUAUCCUCCACCCAAUAUAGACAUUUACGUUACAUGGAAAUAGCUUCUUAGAUAGCAUGUGAGGAGUGCUGGUCAAAAGUUGAAUUGUCAAGACAUUUUGAGAGAUCAAUGCAUUCAGAAAAUCAUAAGGUGGUUUAAAUCCCUGAUGAGUUUUUGACCAAAUCAAAUAAAUUUAUUAGAAGUUUGUUAGACAGACUUUCUACUGACAUUUUCAAAUAAUGUAUCUAACAGACUAAUCGUAGAGGACAUUAAAGUGCUGGCACACAUUAAAAACUAAACAUCAA